GCCCUCGAGAGGCGCGUGACGGCCACCGCGUCCUCAGCACCCCCUGCCCGCCGGUGCCCACCGUGCCUCCCGUGCCCCCGCGCCCCCCGCGCCCCCGCGCCCCUUGAGUGCCCCCGGGCCCCAAGCCCUCGCGCGGGUCGACGUCCUCGUCCUUCUCGCUCCCGGCCCUGAGUGCCCCCGUGGAGGGCUCCCGCCGGCCCCCGCCCCGGCCCGCCCUCCCCGAGGGUGUAGUGUUGUUGAGCCCUCGUCGGGGCGCCCCUCGCCCUUCCCUCGGUGCGCUGGUGAGGUUAGGCGGCCGGACGCCGGCCUAGGGGUGCCGUUGGCUCCGUGAGUGUCGCUGAUACCCCUUCGAGAACAGCGCGAUGGCUAAAGCGGAGCUCUACCGCGCCAAGUGCGCCUUCAACGUGAGCGAGCAGGACGGCGCCAAGACCACCGCCCAGUCCGAGACCAAGUCCGUACCCACCUCGCCCAACUUCCUGCGCUCGGCCAACAUCAACGCCCUCAAUCUCAACAACAAGGUCAACCAGAACAUCCAGUUCUUCACCAAGCUGAGCGCCAAGACAAUCGAGGACGGGGCCAACCAGACGGGGACUCCUGGGUCGCCCGCCAAGGCGGUCCGCAAGAAGGACAAGUCCCCUGUUCGCUUGCUGGCCGACAAGGAGAACGACGAGCAGGGCAAGAAGGAGGACGAUAGCGAGGAAAAAGACACGGAAAAGGACAAGGACAAAGAGAAGGAGAAGGAGGAGGUGAAGCCCACUGACAAGCCGGAGAGGGUCAAGGUCUUGCUGGACCUACCGAACCAGGAUCAACGCACGUCCAAGUCGAGCGAGGAUCUCACAAGGGUAGACGACGAUGUAAACGAGAAGGACCUAAAGUACAUUAAAGAUAUCAAGGACCUAAGGGAGAUUUUCCUCGGCUUCAAAGAGGGCGACUUAUUCAAGGUUCUCAGUAAGGAGUGGGAGUCCUGGUGGGCAGUGCGCACACUGGACUCAAAUAGACGAGUCGGCCUUGUACAGGCCCAACUUCUGGAGAAAGAAGAUGCUGAGCUGCCAGACGACGAAGACUCAGAAAAUAUGGACCAGAUUGAGUCGAAUCUGAAGGCGUCCCUGGACGAGCUGCGGAAGCGCAUCGGCGAGCACGAUCCCACCAACAUUUACGCGGACGCCAUGAUCCCAGAGCAAGAAAUCAUGGAGCGCUGUAACCAGAGGAACUCGAGCGGACACGGCCUGAUGGGAGGGCUGGGCGGACUUGGAAGACCCCUGCCGUCCGGUGGUCCUCCGCACGUCAACUCGGAAGGACUCAUCGUGCCGAGGAAGGUGCAGAAUCCCUGCCUCGACUCCAAGGACAGACAAAACCUCCACCGGGAGUUGAUUUUCAAUACCAAAAUAGGCAAAAACCCACUAAACCAGAAGUCGGAGCUUGCGCGCGCCCUACAAAAUCGAAAGGAGAGCCAAGCAAAAAGGGAAGUGGAGUUGCAGAAGCAACAAAAUAAGACACCAUUUGAACGAGUAAUUGAAGAACGCGCUCGCAAACUCGAAUCUAGAAAGGAGCCUGAGGGAAGAAGUAGCAGUGGAGCAGAACCAGAAUUUAUGCAGAUUCAUGCCAAGGUCUGCAAGCCAAAAUAAUGGGGUAGUUGGGCAAGCCCUGUUUUGUUUCCGCAACCAUACCACGCUUUACCUGGAGCAUGUUCCUGUAGCUAUGAUAUUGAUAUCCAUUUACUGCUCUGACCAAUAACUGAAGCAGAUUAUGAGCCUUCCACAGGUUUAAGAGUUCUCAUUUUACCUUCUUUUGACAAUUGCCAUACUGUGGACACAAUGUUUUUGAAUUAUUGAAUGGCUUUCCGUAACUCACUGUCUGUCAAAUAUAUAUUCCCUAUUAUUCCAUCUGACCAUCACAUGUUCUCUCCCAUCUAGUUUAGUAUUAGUUGUGAUCUUACUUUAAGUUAUGUAGUAAUAAUUAUCUGACAACCACUUCCAAUCUAGGGGUACGAAUAUUGUGAACUUUCCAUUAUUAUUAUUAUGAAAACUGUUUUCUUUGAAAUUUGUGUCGUCCAAAGAAACUGCUUUGACACACUUAACUGUUUGAAAACAUAUAGAGUUCAGAAUUCAGGCAUAUAGUUGUACUUCAUAAUCCUACGGUACUUUUUAUUCAUCGACUUCUAGGUUGGUAAAUUAUUGUGCAAUAGCUUAGGCUACUUGUGUCAAUUUUUUUUGUUUUGUUAUUCUGACAUUUCCUCCAAAAUGCAUUUGUUAUGUAUUUGAAGCCCUCUGGAACAUAUGUAGAGGUGAAACUAACUGGUUUCUUUAGAUUCUUAUUUUUGUUAAGCAAGUGAAAGAAAAAAGUGGUUAAUCUCAAGACGCUCUUGAAGUGACAUUUAAAAGUAAAAUUAUUCUGGCAGUAUACCAAUAUCUCUUAAAAGACUUUUGGAUUGUUAGUAUUGUCACUGAAUAUUGAAUAUCAUCUCAUUGACAGUACAGACAUUAGUAUUUUCUUACAUGUCAAUCUCAUCUUGAUGAUAAAAAUUCAGAGUAUUUUUAUAACUCUAUUUAUUUCUGUGUGAUGUUAACAUAAAUCACAUUUUUUUAAAACAACCGUUAUUGCAAGCAAGAUACUAUUUGCCUAUAAUGUAUUGAUCUAGCCAUAGCAGCAUCUUGGAAAGUAUUACCGUAACUUCUAUUACUUUUUUCUUCUUUGAUUUUCACAAGUUUCCCUAUUUUUGAGCUGAAGUUUUGUGUCUAAUUCAUGAGCCAGUUCAAACAUGUAGUGUAAUAUCUCUCUUGAAUAUUGUGUGGGUAAAAACAAACUAUUUUCUUCUUUGGUUGCAUAUCAUUUGUGAUUUUACAUUGUAGUAAUGUCUUCGAAUCAUUGUAAACCUUUAAUGUAUAUUACUGUUUAUCAUAUUUGUUAGAAGAUUCAAACAGCACAAUGUGUUGGUGAAUUUGGCACAAAGUUGCUACUUUGAUUUCCUCUUAUAUGUCUUGAAAAGAGGAUCUUGAAGCAGGGACUGUAGGGUAUGUUUAAACAGUGCUUCCUUUGUUGGUAUCUCUAGGACUUGAUACAGUUUUUAAUAUGGAUCAAGACCUGUCAAAUUUUGUAAUGCUAAGGUUAUAUUGAUGAUAAUUUUGGCCGGUACCACUAAGAACAAAGAAGGUACUGCGAGAUGUUCCCGGGAUUGCACCAAGGGGUGAGGGAUGAACAAUGAUCUGCUAUGAAUUCUUCAUUUGUACAACUUUUUUUUUUUUUUUUUUUUUUCAUUUUUAGGUUGCCCUGGAACUUGCAUUGUUUAUUAAUAAACUAGGAACUAAUGUACUGCUUCUGUUUUCUCUGAUUAGAAAGUCAAGUAUUAAUCUCAUUAUAGGAGAAAGAUUGUAUCUCUAACUUUCAUUCAAUGUUAUAGACUGAUAGUACCUGUUAGAUUCAAAGACAUUUAUUGUCAACCCAGUUAUGACCAGUUUUUGGAUUCUGUACAACAACCCAUAUUUACCCCUGUUAUCUUUUUCAAACUUUUCAGAAUAUCUGUUAAACAAACAUGGUACUUACAUGUGAAUUAAUUGUACAUUGUCAAUUCAGGCUGGAAGUGCAUCAUUUUGCCAUAUUCAAUGAAUGGUAUAUCCUCUGAAGAUUACUGUAAUAAAGUCAAGCACAUGAAAACUAAGAAAAAGAAAGUGCAGAGUACAAAAUAUGUUCAUUGGUGGCAAAACAUUAUGUUAUGUUCUUUUUUGUGCAUUUUUGUAGUCAUUUCUUUUACAGUUUUUUUACAGCGUGUACAUGUACCCUUUAUUAUCUAUCUAGCGUGAUGCUCAUGCAAUCAUAAUGUCUAAUGUACAGUGUUUUGUUUACAGAGCACAAAACCCAAAUUCUAAAAUCUUUUCCUUUUUUUUACAUUGAAAAGUUCUUUUACAUUCUCUUUUCUUUUUGGAAAGAGUGUGUAAUUGAAUACAGGCGAUGAUGCUUCUUAAGAUUGUAAUUGUAUUGCUCAUUCUCUCCUGGGAAAAGAUUAAAAAUAUCUGUACAAAUAAUGUUCAAAGUUGUAUAGUUACUAAAUGAGUUCUCUCAGAAUCCAAUACUAAUCUUUCCAUAGAACUCAUCGAUAUACAUACACGUUGUUGGUUAACAAGAAAAAGAUUGUGAUUGUAAGAUUGUGAAUACUUCCCUACUAGCAUGUAUAUACCAAACUCAAUUACUUUGUUUUGUUCUACAUGUUUUUUAAAGCCAUAUUUCUGUUUUCUUGAGUUGCCGCUGGGGUUAUAAUGGUAGCAGCUGAUCCUUCUCAUGAACAAAUCAAUUUAAGUCAGAAAAAAGACGAGACCAAACCUGUUGCUUUUGUAAAUACUACUUGUAGUCAGUUAAAUAAACAAAAAACUUCCUACAGUGA